AUGCCGCGGAUUCUGCCCAGGCUGCGAAAGGUCAUUCUCGAGGGGAGUAAUUCUCGCAUGGAAAUCUCUUGGCCUCGUCGUAAGAACAGCAAGAAGUCACUCUACAAACCUGUGCCCCCAAGACCGACUUUCAAAGUAGCCGAUUACAAGGAAUCCAUAUUGUUGACCCCGAGGAAUCCUGUCACCAACUCCCGGGACUACGUUCGGCACAAAACAAUCCCCCCUCGGUUACGGCUGAAAAGACGCGUCGUACCAUCUUCACCGACGAAUGAUCUUCCUCGCGAAAUGACGAAAGAAGAACGAAAGUGGUGGGCUGACCCGUAUCUCCGUAUGAUAGGUUCGCCGUUGAGAAAAUGCACUCUGACGGAUCGGUAUCUUCCAUCUGACUUUCUGAUUCGACUUGCUCCGAUGAAGAUAUCAAAAGCCUUACAGGAUUCGAACAGCAAACUAAAUAAAACCACUCGAAUGUUGGUUCCGGACGGUCUGGAGCAUCCCAGAUUCAAAACUCGAAAAUCCGGCAAAUCUGGUUAUGUCAUUUGCUGGAAAGACGCAGUUGCCCAAAUGCUUGAAAGAAAAAGCUACAGGCAAAUACUACCCAAAGUACCGGUCCAUUCGCUUCUAAUACCCCAAAUUGAGCACCUCCUACGAGUGCGUAUUCUCCAGGAGUUUGCUUUGCUUUCGGAGCGAUUACAGUCGAAUCCGAGAACUGCUUACUCCCCUAUGGUUCUGCGACGAUUGACUCGUAAGGAGUGGGAAUCUAUGAAGACUUCUGGGACUGUCGCGUGGCCAGACGCAGUCGCUAUUAUUGUGAUACCCCCGGUGAACCGCGACCCGCUGACAAAAAAGAGGCCGGAGCCGUCGAUGUACCCUCCCCCUGCAGACGUCCUCGCCGAUUGCGCAAGCUCUUCAAAACAUCCCAUCUCGAUCUUAUAUCCUGUACAGCGUGACGUCGCAACACCGCUAGAUAUAUCCCAACUCGAAGUACCGUUAUACAAUGGUGUUCCGUUGUUUCCAAACCCUGGACAACGCGCUGCUCUGCACCAAUACCUUACGGCGAUUCUUAACUCUGAAACACGCCGACCCUCUCGAUCUGGCGAGUUGGACGGGAUCGCGGCCGAUGACAAGCCCAGUCACGCUUUCUUACUAGUCUCAAAUGCGGAAACUUGCAAACGUGCGGACGUAGCGGCGACGGCCAUGGCAUUAUGGCGAUUUAGGAUGUUCUACGGCGCAGGAUGGGAAGCUGAAAAUAUGGAUCAUUGGGUCACAAAGGAAAGCAAGAAGCGGAGGACAGCAUAA